UUCCCACACAUAAAAAGCAGGAAAAGGCUCUGCAUAAAUUCAUUCAGUCUCUCUGGUCGCCACCUCUAUUUCGUGCUCUCUCUUCAAACCUCUCUGCCUCAUCCCAUCUUCCUUAGCUCUCUCAUCUCAUCUCAUAUCAUACUAUUUCACUCCACAACUCACAGCAAAAGCACAGCAAUACCAAACUCAUUCAUGGCGGUUGAAGCUCAGCAUCACCACCACUCUGUUUUUGUUCCAUCUCACUUGAUGGCGAAUAGAGAUUUCAUUAAGGCUAAUCAAGCAAACGGCAAUAUGUACAAUAGCCAGAUGGAUUCCGGUAUGCUUUUGGCGGCAGCAACAAUGCCGGAAAAUAAUCAUAUGCCGUUGUAUCAGUCGGCUAUCUGUGAUCAAGCUAAGACAUCGAUGAACCAAGCGGAAAGCGGUCUCACGUACAACAACAUCAUAUCUGCUCCGAGAAAGCGGUCGAGAGACUCGUUAAUGAAUGAGUUUAACAAUUUUACGGUUCCUCAGCAGAAGAAACUCUCGUCCGGUCUUUCAUCAUCGUUUCUCGACCAAGACAUUGCCUUUCAGAUCCAACAGCAGCAGUCGGAGAUUGAUCGAUUCAUUGCCCAACAUACGGAAAAAGUGAGACUAGAACUUGAAGAACAAAGAAGGCAAGAAUCACGAUUGUUAGUCUCGGCAAUUCAAGAGAGAAUCGUGAAGAAAUUACAAGAAAAAGACGACGAGAUACAGAGGAUGAGCAAGCUUAAUUGGGUUCUUCAGGAAAGGGUGAAAAGCCUAUUCGUUGAAAAUCAGAUAUGGAGAGACUUGGCUCAAUCAAACGAAGCCGCGGCCAAUUCUCUGCGCUCCAAUUUAGAGCAAGUCCUAGCGCACGUCAGCGAAGAAGGCCACCAGAUGGGAAAUUUUGCUACUGCAGCUGCGCCCGAAGAUGAUGCGGAGUCAUGUUGCGGUAGCAACGAUUGCGGACAUGAAACCGAAGCUGAUGGGGGGUUAGUUGGUUGCACCGACACGGUGGUUGGCGGUGGCGAUAGGAUGUGCAAGAGGUGUGGCGUGAGAGAGUCAAAGGUGUUAUUGUUGCCAUGCAGGCAUCUUUGCCUCUGUACAAUGUGUGGGUCCACCCUUCAGAAUUGUCCAGUAUGUGAUUCUGUCAUGAAUGCCAGCGUGCAUGUUAAUUUCUCUUAGAAUUUAAUUUUAGUUUGAACAAAUAGACAGAAUAUUGUCAAAUACAUUUUGGAAAAAAAAAAAAAAAAGAAGAAGAAGAAGAAGAAGAAAGAAUAGUGUAACAAUUUGUUUAUUAUUUUUCUCUUUUACCUUGGUGUA